GAAAGGUCUCAAGGUCUCCGUCUCCUCUAUCUCUAAUAAAGGUAGAAGCUUCACCGCUCACCUCCGUCACUUCUUCCAGGCGAUUCGCCGCCGUGUUCUCCGGAAUCAGAGGCCAUGUGGAGAAGUAGAAACUCACUGAGUCGAUUCACUCAACUCACCACCUCCUCCUCGUCCAAGUUCAAUUGCCAUCUAAACCUUCAACCAGAUUCUCUUCGCCUGUUGCAAAUCUCCGACGUUGACCACGGGUAUGGAUUAUUCAGUAGAUCCACCUCCACCGCCGUGGGUCCAUCUUCCGGUUCAGGGAAACUAGGUAUUACGGGAAUCGAUCGGGUCCGAGCGAUGGGGUCAACUGCUGACAUCGUCGAUGCGACGUCGUUAGGGGCAAGGGAGGUUGUUGAUAUGGCAAGGCAUUAUGGUCGGUGCUAUUGGGAGCUUUCCAAAGCUAAGCUUAGCAUGCUGGUUGUUGCAACAUCUGGAGCCGGUUAUGUUCUUGGGAGCGGGAGUGCAGUUGACUUAGCAGGACUUUGUUACACGUGUGCAGGAACCAUGAUGGUGGCAGCAUCUGCUAACACAUUAAAUCAGGUAUUUGAGGUUAAGAAUGACGCGUUAAUGAAUAGAACAAUGAGAAGGCCAUUACCUUCAGGCCGUCUUACUAUUCCUCACGCAGUCACAUGGGCAACGUCGGUUGGUCUAGCUGGCACAGCUCUGUUAGCAAGCCAGGCUAAUUUAUUGGCAGCUGGACUUGGAGCUUCAAAUCUUUUUCUGUAUGCAUUCGUUUACACUCCAUUGAAGCAAAUACAUCCUGUCAAUACUUGGGUUGGGGCUGUUGUUGGUGCAAUUCCUCCUCUUCUUGGGUGGGCUGCAGCUUCUGGUGAGAUUACAAUGAAUGGAUUGAUUCUUCCUGCUGCUUUGUAUUUUUGGCAAAUACCGCAUUUUAUGGCCCUUGCUUAUUUAUGUCGCGAUGACUAUAAAGCUGGAGGGUUUAAAAUGUUCUCUCUUGCUGAUCCAUCGGGUAAAAGAACAGCUUUGGUGGCUUUGAGGAAUUGCAUAUAUCUGAUUCCGUUGGGAUACUUGGCUUAUGAUUGGGGUAUAACUUCCGGAUGGUUCUGUCUCGAAUCAACCCUCCUGGCUCUAGCAAUUAGUGGGACCGCAGUUUCAUUUCUAUUGAACCGGACAAAAACAAGUGCAAGAAGAAUGUUCCAUGCAAGUCUUCUUUAUCUUCCGGUUUUCAUGUCUGGCCUUAUGUUUCACCGAAUUUACGAUGAUCAUCAACCACUAACAACAGAAAACACCAAGGACAAAAUGGUCAUUUCACAUACCGAGCAGGAAACCAGAAAUCCCGAAAGGGUAAAACAGACCCGGUCACGUCCACCUGUCGCGUAUGCAUCGGUUGCCCCUUUCCCGUUUCUGCCCGUUCCUAUAUAUUCAUCUUGAGUUGUUAUACUUAUAAUAAUGAGAUUAUUGUAGAAAGGUAACAUUUAAGGCUUUUUGUUUGUAAAAUUGUGUGUUUUGGUGACAAUUUGGGGUUUUGUUUUUAUUUUAGGUUAUGGGUGAUGAUUAUUCCCAAAUUUUGGCAUUGAUGUUUUGCCGAUGAGAAUGACAAUAAAUUUGUUGAUGGUUAACAUGAAGAUAAAUGCCAUUGUUAAUUGUUUUGUUA